CUCCCAGACUGGCACACCCACUCCGCCGUCACUGUGCGAGAGUCAGUUGGGCCUUCUGGGCUUCCUGGUCCUCAGCUCCGCCUCGCCUCGAUCUGGCCGGACGGCGAAAACACUUCUCAGUUAAAGAACAAAAGCAACAACGGAUGGACCGAGGAGGACGAAGUAACGGCGACUCAAAUUCAUACCUGAAUCUCGCGGAUUGAGGUAUCUGUGCCCCAUACGGCAGGAUUUAGCCGACGACUAAACUCUUUACGAAAGACGACAAACUUGGUCGCCUCGCAUCUUUGUAUCCCGACCGUAAUCCGUCGAGGUGCUACAUAAAUAAGACAAGGGUCAAAUCGACAGACGGACGGUAUUGUUUCCCUGGUCCCCCUCGAAACUUCGGCCAUAAAAAGCGGAGUGGCAGGGGGGAGAACUCUGGGUUUCUUUUGUUGUAUUUACGCUCAAACGGACCUCGGGGAUAACGGGUUAUUUUGGCUUUUAAGGUUUCUGUUGUGGUAUCUGCCUUUUGUGAAGAGGCUACACUCAUCUUUCGGGACAGAGAACUUGGGAGUGGAACAAAGCCUGAUUGGGAAGGGGUGAGAAAGUGAACAAGCCUAUUUUGAUAACCCAGAUGGCAACCUACAGUGAACAUAACGGCAGAAAUGGACUAUUUACAGGCAUAAAGGGGCCUUUUGGAAAAGUAACAAAGGCAGAAUGUGAAGGAAAACGUGAAGCUAAACGCUCCUCCAAGGAUUUGCGCCACUCUGCCAGCUCAGCUGACAGCAAUGCGAGUGGUGUGGCUAGUUUCACCACUAACCACAACUCUGUUGUGUGUCUGCCUCUAGUGUCAGAGGGACUGAAAUUGGUGUGGACACAGUCGGAUCAAACCCGUGAACUUGACACAAUCCCAGAGCUGGUCCAAGCCUUUAACUUAUUUCCAUACCCAUCAUCCAGUGAGGUUAGCACCCUGGCCCGGGUAUGUGCCUUGCCACUGGACAAAGUGAAGGUGUGGUUUAUGGUGCAGAGGAUUAAAUAUGGUAUCAGCUGGUCAUCAGAGGAGAUAGAGGAGACACGGCAAAAGCUGGCAGUGCCGGAGCUUUGUGACGAAUAUACUGAAACGAACAAGGAAGCCAAAAUAAAGAGCAAGAGCAGCAGUUGUGAGGAAUUGGUAAUUGAAGAUACUGAUAGCAAUGAAGUAGACGGUGCUCUCUCUAGCGCCCAGAAGAAGAAACCAAAGUGUGAGUCACCAGAUUCCUAUAAACCAGCCAAACCCACUGCCCCGUGUUUCAGCUCAACCCUUCCACCUCCUCAGGAUUCAUACUUCUACCGCCCACCAGCGGAUACGCCAGCAAGUACAGCAGCGGAUGUCUCCCUUGAUCUUUCCGAGUCAUCGACACAACAGCAUCGUCAUGGGCGCUACAAAAAAUCUAAAGUUCAGCUGGCUGCCCUGCGAAAGAGCUUUCUGAGAGAGAACUGGCCCGCAGAGGCAGAGCUUAGACGUUUGCAGGAUGAAACGGGGCUGAGCCGUAACGACAUCCGUAAAUGGUUCAGUGACAGCCGGUACCAGCUUAGGGUUGGCCGAGGAAGCCUUGCUGCAGCCCAGAACUACUCUCAACCCACUGGAGGAAAACAUGACCAACAAAUUCAACCCCUCCCACUUAUUACACAAAAGACUAGUCUAAACGGGGUGAAGGGCCAGGAGGCAGCCCGUAGCAAUGGGAUUAGAAAUUCACAUUUCUUUCAGACCUUUUUGUCAAACAGCCUGGAAGCAUUUGGCGAAAGGGUCCUUGAGGCAGAAGGGUUUGAUGUUAUGGAGGAGCUUUCUGGUGAUGGGGACAGUUUGAAAGAUGAGGAACAUGGUGAGGAGCAACCCCUGCAACUGACCAAGACCUGCAAGAUUGAGGCGGAUGAUCCGCAGGAACCAUCGGGUAUAUUAAAGUCCUCUCCAUACUCUUCCCCCUCUGGCAGUCCACCACUGACUGCCUCACCUAAUAAACCGCUUUUUAACAGCAUCAGCACAUCAAAGAAGUCCGCUCACCCAGCCAAAGCCAGUCCCUCAGAAACGCCCUGGCGCGUCUCAAAGACUCCCCCAUCCACAUCGACGUCCCCUGCCCUCACUCCGGCUGGGCGACCAAGAAAGACCAAGGAGCAGUUGGAUGUGUUAAAGCAGAACUUCUUACGCUGCCAGUGGCCCAAGAGUGAAGAUUACACUGAACUUGUAAAGCUUACAGGUUUACCCCGGGCAGAUGUUAUUCAGUGGUUUGGGGAUACGCGGUAUGCCGUUAAAAACGGCCAGCUGCGCUGGGUGAAGGGGGUCCGCGACCAAUUCUUGGCAGAACUCGCAGCCCAGCAAAGUAGCAGCGGUUUAUCUAACGGAAGUGGUUCUGGGACAUCUUCUCGGGCUGGGGGUAGCCGCAAACGAAAAUCUCAAGCAAAUGCAACAAGUGCAGAUUCCCCUGAUAUCCAGCCACUGGUGACAUAUUACCUUUCAGCAGGCCAGCUACACGAAAAAGACCUUGACUAUCUAUGCAAAAAAUCAAGAAUGAGCUACCAGCAAGUGCGAGAUUGGUUUGCAGCUCAGGGUGUCGGGGAGACUGAAGAAAAACCUAUUGUUGCUGAUUAGGACACUGGAAACAGACUUAAGGACAUUUCUAAAAGUUGGCACAGUGCUCCACAUCCUUUGCACCAACGAGCAUAGUUAUUACAUUGGUUUAAAUUGCUUUACUUCGGCAGGUUUGUAACAUCCGGUCUUUCCAGUACAAGCCCAAAGUGAGGUUUGUGUUUUUAUAAAUGAUACAUUAUCUGCUUAUCGUAAUAUAUUUUGGACUUGAAUAAUAAUUGUGUUGCUGCAAAUAGGACAGUAACCUGUACACUGGUUUGCUAUAUUUUUUUGAGAUUAUUUUUGUUUAGAUAUCACUACAUAAUUUUUUUUUAGCAUGCUGUUGUAGCAGUAUAAUUUAAACUGGUUGUGCUUCUGGUACCUGUCUAAAGCAGAUAACUGCUCUGGAAAAAUGUUUCUGUUGAUGAAUAUGUUGACUAAUCGUCACCGUGUGUAAUCAUUCCUAUUCAGCCAAUAAUUCCUUUGUCGAGAAAAGCACACUGGACAUGUACACUUUAAAUUGACAACUUGCACUUUGGUUUUAGAGCCUGCUGCCAUACUCAUUAAAUCCAAUUAUUUCACAAAAUA